GAUGUGGCUGAAUAUGAUCUUCCGCAAAUCAAUUUUAAUAUAGAAAAUGAAGACCUCUCAGAAUUGCUUUGUAAGGAACUGUCUAUUCCCGUGAUUGCAGAGGAUUUAGAAAAAAUUCAAACGUUAAAUGAUGCACAAAAG